AUGGCGGCGGCCAGGUCCACCACUGGCUCCGCGCUUGUGCGGAUCAUGUGGCUGCUGUGCGGGUUGUCCGUCUCACCCGCGUCUUCUCAACACUACAACAGCGAGAGCGGAAUUUCCAUUCCGGAGCAUGGAUUUUGCCAGCCUAUCUCCAUUCCUCUGUGCACCGACAUCGCCUACAACCAGACCAUCAUGCCGAACCUCCUGGGCCACACCAACCAAGAAGACGCGGGGCUGGAGGUGCACCAGUUCUACCCUCUGGUGAAGGUCCAAUGCUCGGCUGAUUUGAAAUUCUUCCUGUGUUCCAUGUAUGCUCCCGUGUGCACGGUUCUAGAGCAGGCCAUCCCUCCUUGCCGGUCCCUAUGCGAACGCGCCCGUCAAGGAUGUGAAGCCCUCAUGAACAAAUUUGGUUUCCAGUGGCCCGAAAGGCUUCGCUGCGAGGCCUUUCCAGUCCACGGGGCCGGCGAGAUCUGUGUAGGUCAGAACACAUCAGAACCCAGCGGUCCUGGCUCCUCUUCUUCUCCAUAUGCGCCCGAGCUGGUGACCCUCCCCCCCAACAUGGACCGACCCAGGGCCCCUCCGCACAACCAGUACCCGGAGUUCUCCUGCCCGCUUCAGCUGGACGUUCCGUCCUACCUUGGGUACAAAUUCAUGGGGGUCAAAGACUGCGGGGCUCCCUGCGAACCCACUAAGCCCACCGGGAUCAUGUACUUCCGGGAGGACGAGGUGAAAUUUGGGCGUCUCUGGGUGGGAAUCUGGUCCAUCCUAUGCUGCGUGAGUACUCUGUUCACGGUGCUCACUUACUUGGUGGACAUGCGGCGCUUCCGCUACCCCGAACGACCAAUCAUCUUCCUGUCGGGCUGUUACUUCAUGGUGGCGGUAGCAUACGCGGCGGGGUUCUUCCUCGAGGAUAAGGUGGUUUGUGUGGAUAAAUUCAAGGAAGACGGCUACAGGACGGUGGCCCAGGGGACCAAGAAAGAGGGUUGCACCAUCCUCUUCAUGGUUUUGUACUUCUUCGGCAUGGCCAGCUCUAUCUGGUGGGUCAUCUUGUCCCUCACGUGGUUCCUGUCGGCCGGCAUGAAAUGGGGCCACGAAGCCAUCGAGGCUAACUCACAGUACUUCCACUUAGCCGCCUGGGCCGUACCCGCCAUUAAAACCAUCACCAUCCUAGCCAUGGGCCAAGUGGACGGCGACGUCCUGACCGGCGUGUGCUUCGUGGGGAUCUUCAAUGUCGACGCCUUGAGGGGCUUCGUGCUGGCGCCGCUCUUCGUCUACCUGUUCAUCGGCACGUCCUUCCUGCUAGCCGGUUUCGUGUCGCUCUUCCGGAUCCGGACCAUCAUGAAGCACGAUGGUACCAAGACGGAAAAACUGGAGAAGCUGAUGGUGCGCAUCGGCGUUUUCAGCGUGCUCUACACGGUCCCCGCCACCAUCGUCAUCGCCUGCUACUUCUACGAACAGGCCUUCCGCGAGCACUGGGAGCGCACCUGGCACAUGCAAACGUGCAAGCGCUUCGCCGUGCCCUGCCCGCUUCACAACUUUGCCCCCAUGACGCCCGAUUUUACCGUCUUCAUGAUUAAGUACCUGAUGACCAUGAUCGUCGGGAUCACUUCGGGCUUUUGGGUCUGGUCCGGCAAAACCUUGCAGUCGUGGAGGAGGUUCUACAAGCGCCUUAGCAACGGCAACCACGGGGAGACCACCGUGUGA